AUGGACAAGCAAGCGACCACUUUGAAAUCUGCCAUCUGGGCAGCAAGGAAUGUUGAGACCCAGAUAAGGGAAAAGGGUUUAGAGAGAGCCGAAGUUGGCGAAAAGAGGAAGCUUGAAGGAUCCUCGAGAUUUGAUAAGAUAGGGAAAUUCUCAAAGCCCAACCUGGAUAACCAAAAGUAUGGAGCCAAGUGGUGCGAAAAGUGCAAGAAGAAGCACUUCAGAAGAUGCGAUGGAGACGUGACCUGCUAUAAGUUUGGUGCGAGUGGGGGUGGAGGCGAGGUGGUGGUGGUGUGUGGUGAUGGGUGGGUGAUAGUGACGGGUGGUGGUUUUGGUGGGUGGUGGGUGGGUGUGGUUGGUGGAGAUGGGGGUCGGGUGACGGCGGCGGGUGGUGGAGGCGGGGUGGUGGUGAUUGGUGGUGAUGGUGUGUGGUGA